GUUGCAUGUUGAAACGGGGCUUAGUCUUCUCCGUUUGUAGGAUCGACUGUAGUGACUUUUAGUUCCUUAUGUUGGCUGUCCUUAUUCACUAUAUUAAAUAAUAAAACACGGAGAAAUUGUGCAAAUGCUAGAUACUAACUAUAUAAAGAAAACUAAAUGAUCUAAUUUAUAUGAUUGUGUGCUCUAGGCUGAAGAAAGCUGAUGAUGAAUUUACUGUAGUGCGAUAGGAAAUAGAUGGUGAUCAGUACUGUAGCCAGAGUCCGAAUAAAAGUAUUUGCAUUUGAGUCACAGAUUCCUACCUUCUGUGUAUUUAGGUUUGUAAAUGGAAAGUACACUAUGGUAUUGGAUUUCAUUACCAAGUAACAACCUCUAUUAGGGUGCAUACAUUUGGAAAAUCUGUUUUUGUUUUGUUUCGUUUCUUGUGUGUGUAUUGUAUUGCUUCAAGAUGGGGAUAGUUCCGACAGCUAGGCAGAUGAUAAAUCAAUGCUUCAGAAAUUUCUCCGUUUCAACUGCAGAAAUAAGUAAAUGUUUGCUUCUAGCACCGUGCAAAGAAAAUUUUUGCAAAAGCGUUAUAACUCUUCACAAACGUUUUAUGAAAUACCAUUCAAAUAAGUUUGGGCACCUACCGAAACUGUCCCCGCAAGAGGUGACCAAUAUCCUGCGUGAAAAUGAAUAUUCCCAAGAGUUUAACAGUCCUGGUUCAGUUAAAUCUUAUGAUUCCAACCAGCUUGCUUCAAAUAACCCAACAGAAGAUGCCAGAUCAGAAGCAUGCUGCUUAAUGACAACAGGAAUGCUAGUAGGAGUUUUUGAUGGUCAUGGUGGACCAUCUUGUGCUCAGGUUGUUGCCAAACGACUUCUUCAUUAUAUAGCUGCUUGUCUACUUCCACCAGAUGAUCUACAGAGGUACCUACAGUCACUGGGGAAUGAUGAAUGUAUCAAAUUAUUAGAAGAGUAUAAUGAUAAAGUAGUGUUAACAGAAGAAUUGAGUGAAUUAUACAAAAACAGUUUUUUAACUUUUGUUAAAGAGCUUUCUGGCACAAAAACAUCUCAUAUGGAUUUUCAUAUGAAAGAAGCCAUGGAAAGAGCUUUUUUGAGACUAGAUGAAGAUAUAUCUCGUGAAGCAUUACAGGAUCAGAGUGGCAGGAUUAAUAUAGAAACAUUAACAGUUGCCAUGUCUGGAGCAGUUGCAUGUGUAGCUCAUAUAGAUGGACCACAUUUGCAUAUAGCAAGUGCUGGUGACUGUGUUGGUGUCAUAGGUGUGUUAAAUGAUGGUGGUACAUGGGUAGCUAAGAAGUUGACAACAGAACAUAAUUCUGAUAACAGAAGUGAAGUUGAGAGAAUACUGAAAGAGCACCCACCAAAUGAAAGAGAUACUGUCAUAAAAAUGGAACGACUCUUAGGCCAGUUAGCUCCUCUGAGAGCUCUGGGUGAUUUCAGAUACAAAUGGAGCAGGGAUAUUCUCAAUCAUAUUGUCAAACCAUACUUUGGAGAAAAUUCUUUAGCUCCUCAUUAUUACACUCCACCGUAUCUCACAGCUUGUCCAGAUGUCACUCAUUAUCGGCUUACACCAAGAGACAAAUUUCUUGUUAUUGCUUCAGACGGACUUUGGGAUUUAGUGUCACCAUUGCAAGUUGUGAGACUUGUAGGUGAACAUAUGAGUGGCAAAGUGACUUUAAGUCCCUUUCGGUUACCUAGAAAAAAUAUGCGUAUAUCUGAAAUAAAUAAGAUGUUACUUCAGCGUAAGGAAGGCCUGAAGAAAAAACCUAUUGAUACAAAUGCUGCUACUCAUUUACUUAGAAAUGCUUUAGGUGGAACUGAAUAUGGUAUUGAUCACGGUAAACUUUCACAACUACUUAGCAUGCCAGAAGGAAUUGUGAGGUUAUUUCGUGACGACAUCACAAUCUCAGUAAUUUACUUUGAUUCUGAAUAUCUGAGGCACUGCCCUCCAUGAAACUGGGUAUCUUUAUAUGCAAGUGACGGUGACUGCAGGUACUUUAAAACAAAAUAAAUAGCUCCGUGUAAUUAUGUAUGUAACAUUACAUAUAUAUAUAUAUAUAUAUAUAUAUAUAUAU